UACUUUUGGCUUUUUGUUGGUACCUUAAAGUCACUGCAGGCAUGUGCGUCAGUAGCCGUCACUUGGUCGGCAAAGUGGUGUUGGUGACCGGUGGUACUUCCGGCAUCGGAUAUGAGACAGCCGCGGACCUCGCGGAGAGAGGAGCCCGUGUCCUCAUAGCCAGCAACGAGCGGCACGGCGACAGUGUCAGAGACACUAUUGUGGCGCGCUCCGGGAACACCGACGUUCACUUCAUCUACUUGGACCUCGCCAGUCUCGAUUCUGUGAGAUCUGUCGCUAAUCAUAUUUUGUCCACUGAAAAACGAUUGGAUGUCCUAAUCAAUAAUGCAGGAGCACUAUUUACUGGCAAUAAAAAGUCAAAGGAUGGACUUUUAUUAGGUAUGCAGAUAAACUAUUUUGGACCGUUUUUAUUAACGAUGUUACUUCUCCCACUGCUUAAGAAAACAGCGCCAAGCAGAAUAGUAAACGUCUCAUCUAAAUCAUAUCAACAUGGAACUGUAGAUUUGAAAGAUAUCAACAAAGGACAUACUGGUUUCUUGUCUUUUUAUUUUACAUACAGUGAUGCCAAAUUGUGUGUUGCUCUAAUAACUAUGGAACUCAGUCGCCGCCUUGAAGGAAGUGGUGUCACUGCAAAUUUUCUGCACCCAGGAAGUGCCAAGACAAAUAUCAACACCAUGUGGAUUGCAAGAACACUCUAUGUGUUGCUCAAAGGAAUUUACAAAACUCCGAGACACACUGCACAAACAUCUAUACACUUAGCUGUAUCUCCACAGGUUGAAAAUAUUAGUGGUUGUUACUUUAGAGACUGUCAACUGAAACGACCUCACAAAAAAGUCUUUGAUAAGGAACUGGCAAGAGAUUUGUGGGAUCUUAGUAUAAAACUUGUUAAGUUGGAUAAAUAA